AUGCAAUACGGUAUCCAUACAUCAUCAAAUAUUCAAAAGUUAUAUUUGGCUAUUGAAUUAUUCAUUGUUUUCAACACUAUUCACCAUCUUUUCUUUCAAGAUCGAUCAAUUACAAAUAUUGGAUAUUGGUUUCGUAAAGGAUGGGUUGUUCUUCCUGAUUAUCUCAGUCAUUAUAAACGAAAUAUUUUGAUUAUUCAUUUCUUUUCUGGUAUGAUUGCACUAUUUGGUAUGCGUUAUCAAACCAGUGGUCGUCAUAAAACUUAUUCCAUUAUUCACAAAUACGUUGGUUAUAUCAUUGUUUUAAAUCAAUUAUUAGUUCAUUCACCUACCAUUUUGAUGAUGAAUCAAUAUGUAAAAGAUUAUGCAUUGUCAAGAAAAAUUUUCUACAUGAUGACUACUCUUGUGACAGUAAAAAGGUCAAUAAUGUUGGUGAAAUAUGCUGUGGAAAAAGAUAUGAUCAAACAUCAACGAUCUGCAUUGACUUUAUACAAUUAUAUUUCAACAUUUACCAAAGGUAGAAUAUAUAUGUAUGCAGUUCUUCCUUUUCUUCCAAAUUAUUGGAAACCUUUUCACAUAUUCAUAUCAGACGUUGUGUCUGUAGCAUUUGCAGAACGAUAUUCAUGGAAAAGAAUGACAAAAUUAUUCCUUAUCUUUUUUACAUAUGGACAACUCAUUGAAUGGACACCUUGUUUAUGGUAUAUUUGGGCUUUGAUCGGACUUACUUACACUGCUAUUUAUGCUUAAGAAUUGAAAUUUAUUGUAAAAAUAAUUGUUUUUGUUAUAAAUAAAAGAAUUUUAAAAAGCAAACGAAGAUUUGUAUUUUAUUAUUUCUGUCAAAUGACCAAAAUAUUUGUUUUCAAGAAAGACGUACAAAAGAAAAGAUAUGGAAAAAAUAAAAAUAUAAUUCAUUUUUUGCGAUUAUUUGAAAGAGAUAUUAGAACUGAGGAUUUGUUCGUUAUCAAUAUAAACUGAAAAGAUCCAAUUAUAUAAUGUUAAGACAACAGUAUGAUUUAUUUCGAAUAGGCUGAACUAUUAAAAAUGUGCUAUUCAUUCCGAAAAAGCGUUGGCCAUACUUCAAAAACGUUUAUCUUUUAAAUACUUUUAUCAGUGAACUGCGUCGGAAUCGCAACGACACAAUUUUUCGGCUUCAGAGUUUGAACCGGAGUCGGAGUUGGAGUAGUGAACUUCAUCGGACUUCGAAACCUGAUUGACAUUCCAACUGAGUCGGAGUAGGUGGGAUUGAAAGGAACUGUUUCAGAGUUCAUGCCAGAGUUAUAUUAGUACAACAGGCAAAUAAUGUUACUCUAAUCAAGAAGCAAGUUUAUUGAUGAAAUAUUAUUGAAUAAACAAAAGUAUGCUACUUUUAGUUUUAUAAAUAAACUUUAAGAAAAAAAAAUGACACAAGGAAGAUGUUCACAUUAACUAUUAGCAUAAAGGAAAAAGAAAAUAGACUAAUACAUGAUGAUCUCUUUAUUAAAUAAGUCAUUGAAACUAUCUUCGACGUCGAAACGUAAUUGUUUAGGAACUGUGCAGGUGUAUUCUUCUGAAGAUACUAUUGUUGUCGAUGGAUGCGCGUGUAGUUGUCUAUGUGGUUAAUUUUUCAAAAAAAACCGCCUCCACACCCACACGCUUCACAAUAUUUCUAAAACUUUCUACAUUCUGCUCACAUACUGGAAUAACACAAAUAUGCUGAAAACCACCAAAAGUCCUGUAAGACUUCUUGAUUCUUUUUUAUAAUGUCUUAGUCUUAGAGUGACCUCGAAUAAUCUAAGUUUUACUUAAAAUUCAAGUAAAAAAACUCGUCUAACUUUUCUGCAUAGAUCUACUAAUGAUAUAUUUACAAACUGUUAGUGAUCCGAAUUGCAUUGCUUAUACGCCCACAUUCUUUGUUAUGAAUAGAAAACUGAAUAUCAAAUCGUACAACAAAUUCAUUUGUUCACAUGACU